CCUUCCUUCCUUUCUUCUUGCCUCUGCGGCGUCCGGCGCGUGCAUCUUUCGCUCACACGCGCUUCAGACGCGACACGCUGCGCCUCGCGCCUCCGUCGUCUCGCGCCGAAGCCCUCGAUCGCCACUUUGCCGAGCGUUCCGCGACCGUAAUGACGAUCGACGCGUCGCCGGGCUGCGAGUCGACCGCCCGGAUAUAGGUGCAGUGCGAACAUGCCGAUGGUGAGGCCCGACGGCUGCGGUUCUCGGUCGUCCGCAGCUCGGCCGUGCCGCGCGAAGCGGCGAGACGCGACGACGCCCGGCGAGCUCGACCGCGGCUCGGCGUAAUCCGCGAGGCCGGCAGCGAUGUCGAAGGCGUGCGCGAGCCCGCUGGCGCCCAAGAGGCCGUGCCUGCCGCGCGACUUCUUCGCCCGGCUGUACGAGACGUCGGAGGAGUCGUCGCAGCCCACCUCCCAGGACGACGACGAGGACGAGGAGGUGGACGUGAUGUGCGAGGACGACGAGGUCGAGACCCGGCCGAACAAGCAGAUGAUCGCGGAGCCACUGGCGGUCCAACCGGUCGGCCUGCACCACUGGCCGCCGCUGCAGCUUGCCCAGUUUCAGGGACAGACCAGGGUCGAGCAUCUUCAGGGACUCGCCGCUUACUGGCAGCGGCGCAAGAGGAAAGAGGGCCGACCUCGCCGCCAGCGCACCACCUUCAGCAGCGAGCAGACCCUCAGGCUCGAGACGGAGUACCGACGCGGCGAGUACAUAUCGCGCUCGAGGCGCUUCGAGCUCGCCAAGAGCCUUCACCUCACCGAGACGCAGAUCAAGAUUUGGUUCCAGAAUCGACGCGCCAAGGACAAGAGGCUGGAGAAGGCUCAUCAAGAUCAGCAGCUCAGGAAUAUAGCAUUGGCGGGUUGCCUGAUGUCAGGGGUACCAACGAGUUUGUGUCGCUUUUGCCAGCUGCCAUUCUGUUUAUGCGCCUGUUUACGUCUGCCCGGUUCUUCUUUACCUCCGCCACCUCCACCUACAGGUGUCGAUACACCGAGCAGUCAACCAGUGUCACCGCUCUAAG